AAAAACGUAAAAAUGUUCAAUCUUUGACGCUGGUUAGGUCUGCAGUAGACUGCUGAGUUCAUCAUUUUCGUUUAAAUGUGUAACAUUAAAACAACGUUAUCAAUGUAUGAGAGCAGAAUACAUACCUUGCGUUAAAGUUAAACGGCAAAGAGUGACUGACAUUGUGGACACGCUGCACAGACGAGACGUGUAUUCUGGAAUGAGUAUGAAGCCACUAAGAGAUGCUAUGUUGGGAGCAUUUACUUUCUUUGCCUCUCCACUCCCUCAUGAUGUCUGUGGCAGCAAUGGACUCCCUCUCACCCCCAACUCUAUCAAGAUACUGGGACGUUUUCAAGUUUUGAAAACCAUCUGCCAUCCCAGGCUAUGCCAAUAUGUUGACAUCUCCAGGGGGAAGCAUGAGCGGUUGGUGGUCGUGGCUGAACACUAUGAAAAUAACUUGAUGAACUUUCACAAGCAGUGUAAACCACUCUGCCCAGAUCAGGUCCUACAGAUAGCUUAUGAGAUCUUAGAGGGACUGGAUUACAUGAACAGACAUGGAAUGGUUCAUCGAGCCCUCUGUCCCCAAAACGUCCUUUUGGACUGUAAGGGUAAUGUCAAGUUGGCCAAAUUCGGUUUUUAUCACAUGACAGAUCGCGGUGCAGAUGUGGACUUCCCCAUAGGACACCCAUCAUAUCUGGCCCCAGAAGUCAUUGCCCAAGGCCUGACCCAUCGAAGCAGGUCUUUCUAUGGUAAAGCCCCAAGCGUCUCAGGACCAAAGGCGGAUGUGUGGUCCUUGGGAGUAUUGCUCUUUGAGCUGUGUGUGGGAAGGCGUCUCUGGCAGAAUAUUGAAAAGAAUGAAAGCUUUAAAUUUAUACUCAACUUAGGCUGUAUGGAUGAUAUAGUCACAGUUCUUGCAGAGGAGCAUGGAUGCUUAGAGGUGAUUAAGGAAUUGCCUGAGAAUUUGACCAUUUUACUCAGAAAAUGCUUAACGUUUCUUCCUUCGAAAAGGCCCACACCUGCCCAGCUCUUGGAUGACCCUGUGCUUGAGCAUGUCUCUGGCCUAAUGGAGCCUUUCUAUAAGUCGAUCAGCCUCUUCUCAUCCUCCCUACGCUCCGCCCACCUGGAACUCCCUGACGACAUCACUAAUCUUUGCAAAGAUGAGGGAGAGGACUACCUCACAGAGAGGGCCAUCGAUGAGGUGUAUUACCUCUGGUGUCUAGCUGGUGGAGACCUGGAGAAGGAGCUGAUAAACAAGGACAUCAUCCGGUCCAAACCGUCCAUUUGCACUAUAUCAAAAUUCAUUUUGGAUGAUGGACAGUCAUUUGGUCAGGGCAGGGACAGAAGUUUUCUCUUGGAUGAUACCACUGUGACCCUGUCACUGUGUCAGCUCAACAAUAGACUGAAGGAUGUGGCUGGUGAAGCAUAUUAUCCACUGCUGGAGGAUGAGCAAUCUAAUCUACCCCAUUCCAGCAGCAACAAUGAGCUUUCUUCUACAGUCUCCCUGCCACUCAUCAUCCGCGAGAGAGACACAGAGUACCAAUUAAUGCGUAUUGUACUCUUUGAUAGGCUUCUCAAGGCUUAUCCAUACAAGAAGAAUCACGUGUGGAAGGAAGCUCGUGUGGACAUUCCUCCUCUCUUCAGAGGCUUGGUGUGGGCAGCUUUACUUGGUGUGGAGGGAGAUAUUCAAGCAAAAUAUGACGGCAUUGAUAAAGACACCCCUAUACCAACAGAUAGACAGAUUGAGGUGGAUAUCCCCCGCUGCCAUCAGUAUGAUGAGCUCUUGUCCUCCCCACAAGGGCAUGUGAAGUUUCGAAGGGUCCUGAAGGCCUGGGUGGUAUCACACCCUGAUCUGGUCUACUGGCAGGGUCUGGAUUCCCUAUGUGCGCCAUUCCUCUAUUUGAACUUCAAUAAUGAGGCUCUGGCUUAUGCGUGCAUGUCUGCAUUCAUCCCGAAAUACCUCUACAACUUCUUUCUGAAGGACAACUCGCAUGUGAUACAAGAGUAUCUGACUGUCUUCUCUCAGAGUAUUGCCUUCCACGAUCCGGAGCUCAGUAGUCAUCUGAAUGAAAUUGGCUUCAUUCCAGAUCUUUAUGCCAUUCCAUGGUUCCUUACAAUGUUCACACAUGUCUUCCCUCUUCACAAGAUUUUCCACCUGUGGGACACACUGUUGCUAGGCAACUCCUCAUUCCCUUUCUGCAUCGGUGUGGCCAUAUUACAACAGCUCAGAGAUCGCUUACUGGCCAAUGGCUUCAAUGAAUGCAUCCUGCUUUUCUCUGAUCUACCUGAAAUUGACAUUGAACGCUGUGUUCGGGAAUCCAUCAAUCUUUUCUGUUGGACUCCCAAGAGUGCCACCUAUCGACAGCAUGCACAGGCUCCCAAAACCACAGGCGAUGGUAGCAGCAUCAGCAUCAGCAGCUUUGGCAAAACCAGUAUCUACCUUCAGUCAGACUAUCAAGACUUUACUAAGACCGAUUUGUCUCGGGAGCCACUGAAGUUGUCUGAUUUGAAAGCAGAGCUGUCUCCACGAAUCUCUGCAGAAGACUUAAUUGAUUUGUGUGAACUCAGAGGCUCAUCUCACUUCAAGACGCCCAACAAGAGAGCCAAGGUUGGCAAACCUAAGAUACUGGCAGUGGACAUCCGUAGCCCAGAGGACUUCAACCGAGGCCACAUCUCUGGCAGCAUCAACAUCCCCUACAAUCCAUCAUUCGGGUCUGAUGGAGAGCUAGUCACCUGCCCUGCUGUUAAUACCCUAAGCAGCUAUAGAGGACGGGUAAUCAUAGUUCUCAGCAAUAUGGUGAAGAAUGCAGUCAUGUUUGCCACUCACCUGCUUAAAUUGAAUUAUCCUCGUGUCUGUGUCUUGGAUGGAGGCAUCAACAAAAUGAAGGUCACUGGACUCCUAACUGUGCCCUCUCCUCAGAUAUGAUUUACAAACUUAUUCAGGAUAGGUUGCUGCAGGAACUUGUUUUAGGAACUUGUUUUAGUCAUAUAUAACACAAUCGUUGUAUCAUAGUGAUUACCUGGAUUUUGUAAGAGAGUAUGUAUGUACAGUAUCAGUAUGUGGCCUCAAGAAACCAUAUGUUUUUUUUUAACCUUAUUAGGAAUAUCACUGUUUAUCUAGGGGAAUACCUGACUCUCUUUGUUCCUAAUGCUUAAAUUAGUCUUUAAUCCACAAAAGCACAAACCACAUGAGCACUGAACAAUGACUAGACUAGACUAACUAGACUAUAUUAACUAUGAAGUUAAGCAUCAGCAAAGCUGUACAAAAUGUUGCUUUCUAGCACUUCCAUCAAGUUGCUGUAUCCGUUUAUGUACAGUUGUGUGAGAAGACAUUAAGCACAUUUCUGUACACAUGAUUCUGUGCUUAUUUUCCUUUGUUGGAUUAGGGAUGCUUCAUGUCAAAAAAAUUCCAGAAAGUUCCCAUAACCUCUGUUAUUAAUAACAAAUAACAUAAUACUUAUCUUUCUUUAUAAUACCACCUUUCAUGUAAGAAAUUUAGCUCAAACUGAAAUGUGUUUAAUCAUGAAACUGCUUUAUUUUAUUUACUACUGUGUGUGUGUUCACACUACUUACUGCUGAUCAUAAAAGAGAAAAUAAACCAUCUGACUCAAGUUCAAGACUCAG